GAAAGAUAAAAAAAAAAGAAAAGAAAAAUGGCGUCCGGACAGCAGUGGGUGUUGGUGGAGAUGGUUCAAGCGUUUUAUGAGGCUCCGGCAUACCACCUGAUCCUGGAGGGGAUCCUGAUUCUGUGGAUUAUCAGACUCCUGUUCUCCAAGACCUACAAACUACAUGAGACCUAUAAACUGACAGAGAAGGAAAAAGAGGAUCUGAUUGAGGAGUGGCAGCCGGAGCCUCUGGUUCCCCCGGUUUCCAGAGACCAUCCCUCCCUCAACUAUGACGUUGUCUCAGGACCACCCAGCCAUAAAAUCAUAAUCAAUGGAAAAGAGUGUGUCAACUUUGCUUCGUUCAACUUCCUGGGUCUCCUUGACAACGAGCGUGUUAAGCAAAAAGCGUUGUCUUCACUGAAGAAGUACGGGGUUGGUACCUGCGGCCCGCGGGGCUUCUACGGGACCUUUGAUGUUCAUCUGGAGCUGGAGAGCCGUCUUGCCAAAUUCAUGGGAACUGAAGAGGCCAUCAUUUAUUCCUACGGCUUUGCGACCAUCGCCAGUGCCAUCCCAGCCUACUCCAAGAGGGGUGACAUGAUCUUUGUGGAUGAAGCCGCCUGUUUCUCUGUGCAGAAGGGGCUUCAGGCAUCUCGCAGCUUCAUCAAAUACUUCAAACACAAUGACAUGGAGGACCUGGAGAGGCUGCUGAAGGAGCAGGAGCUGGAGGACCAGAAGAAUCCUCGGAAAGCUCGAGUGACACGGAAGUUCAUUGUGGUGGAGGGUCUGUACAUCAACACAGCAGACAUCUGUCCUCUUCCUGAGCUGGUGAAGCUCAAGUACAAAUACAAGGUGCGAAUCUUCCUGGAGGAGAGCAUGUCUUUUGGAGUGUUGGGAGAACAUGGAAAGGGAGUUACGGAGCAUUUUGGAGUUAAUAUCGAUGACAUCGACCUGAUCAGCGCCAACAUGGAGAACGCUGUGGCCUCCAUCGGAGGAUUCUGCUGUGGACGCUCCUUUGUCAUCGACCAUCAGCGUCUUUCCGGUCAGGGUUACUGUUUCUCUGCAUCACUGCCUCCUAUGCUGGCUGCAGCCGCCAUCGAAGCCCUCAACAUCAUGGAGGAGGAUCCAGAUAUUUUCACCGUCCUGAGGGAGAAGUGCACAUAUGUUUACAAGACUUUACAGGGAAUUCCCGGUCUGAGGUUGGUGGGAGCCCCGUUUGCUCCGGCUCUGCAUUUACAGCUGGAGAAGAGCUCUGGCUCCAGGGUGUCGGACAUGCAGCUGCUCCGCAGCAUCGUAGAUUAUUGUUUGGACCGGCAUGUGGCUCUGACGCUGGCUCGGUAUCUGGAAAAAGAGGAGCGUUUCCUCCCCCCACCAAGCAUCAGGGUGGUGGUCACCAUCAAGCAGAGCGAGGAGGACAUCCGCAACACCGCUUCCUGUCUCAGAGAGGCAUCUUCGGUCCUCCUGAAGUAACAGCAGACUGCUGGUAUCUGAUGACUGAUUUUACUGGUUUUACUGGGACCGAAGACCCAGUCCACAGACUGAGCUCUGCAGCCUGAAGGUGUGGUCAGGAUCCAGUUGUUCCCUACGUGCCUCUGCUUGUGUGUGGAACUAAUGCAUUCAUGUUUGUCUGUUUUCAGUCGGCAGAGAAUAAAAUUCACUGAUAGAUCAGACGUUAAACACCUGAUCAGGUGUUCAGACCAAAACACUCGUACGCUGCUGGUAUUUAAUGCAAACCUGGUUUUUACUCAUUUAUUCUUUAACAGGGGAAUAUCUUCACAUUUGACAACAAACGUCUGACAUUUCAUUUCCUGUUACUUUCUGUGGUCAGACAGGAUGCAGCAGAUAAAUAAGUCUGUUCAUAAGUUCUUAUUUCAGAUUUUUACCAACAUGUUUGUAAAAUGCAAGAUGAUAAUUAAAGCUGAAAAGAUUUUCUUUGUAAUGAUAAUAUAAUCCUGAAUAAAACGUUGAUUUUUA